GUUUGACAAAUAUCUCUCCAUCUAUGUCCUGGGCUCCAGGUUGAAAAAUUUUGCAGUCCACCUAGUUUCUCACUGCAGUUAUGCCCGGUUCUGGUUUUGCCCAUGGAAUUCAGCGCAGAGAUGAAGAGACAGGGUUGUGUGCUGAGGAAUCAUAAUAUAACCAGUACCUGGUCCUUGGCACGAAGUAAGACUAUCAUAAUUGAGAAAGCACAGUGAGACAGUGUAGCGAGGUCUCAUCAUUUUAUGUUAUCUGGGCAUCCAUGUUGAACGUGAAUGUCGUUUUCUGGUCCCAGAAGCGGAGGAAACCUGUUUGGAUACCUUGGCCCCGCAAAUGGUAUUAAUCCACAGACGGCACCCUCUCUCCCUGCAUAUUUCCUGACCAUGGUGUAUGUGGUCUCCAGGCCUGUGGUGUAUUCCCCAGAACGUGUUUUUUCUGCAAUACAAUGGAUACAAUUUAUUAUGGCAACUGUGAGUAUUAUAGGUUCAAGUUCACUUAUUUCCUAUGCUGUAUUCAAGAAUACGCCGAAAUCUCCAGAGAUAAGGCCACUUUUUUGUCUGAGCUUCUCUGACCUGCUCCUGGGAAUUUGCUGGCUUACUGAGGCACUUCUCUAUGGAACUUUAAUAGCCAAUAAGGACAUUAUCUGCUAUAACUUGCAAGCACUUGGGCAGAUAUUCUACAUUUCCUCAUUUCUCUACACUGUCAAUUACAUCUGGUAUUUGUGCACAGAACUAAGGAUGAGACACAACCAGAGUGGACAGAACACAUCUCCACUGGUGACAGAUUCUACUUGCCGAGUUGGUCAAAUCACCUUCAUUUUUUCAAGCCUGAUACCUCUACUAUUGAUGACACCUGUGUUCUGUCUGGGCAACACCAGUGAAUGUUUCCACAACUUCAGUCAGAACAACAGGUGUAUCCUGAUGUUCUCACCACCAUCAGUCAUGGCUGAACUCCUGCCUUCUGCCAAUACAUCUGUCUGUAACAUACUUUAUUUUUAUAGCAUCACCAUUUUCUUGGCUAGCUUUUUGCUCAGCCUUCUAAUUAUUAUGGUCUUAUUCAUCCAAGCCCAAAACCUGUAUAAGAAGUUUGUGAAAUCACCUGGCUUUCUGGGGAACAAACAGCGAAUAGUGAUUCACAUUGUGGAACAGCGAGUGUGCUUCUACCCAGCCGUCUUCUUAUGCUGCUGUGGCCCAGCUGUCGUGCUGAUAAUCACAAAGCUGACUAAGCCCCAGGACACCGAGCUACACAUGGCCCUGUAUGUUCUCCAGGCUCUAACAGCAGCAUCCCAGGGUCUGCUCCACUUUGGAGUAUAUGGAUGGACACAGCACAAAUUCCACYAACUAAAGCAAGAGGCUCAAUGUGAUGUGGAUACCCAGACACCAUUAUUAUGCUCACAGAAGAGAGUCUAUAACAGGGGCCUGGAUCCAUUAGGGUCUACUGUUACUUUUGCUACGAGCUCCUCCACCAUUCUUUGAAAUUACAAUUACUAGGAUACUCAGGAACUGGAAUUAUUUUACAUUAAUGGAUUGUGAAGAAUGUCAGGUAACCAUAUCCUACACCAGCUUCCUUAACAAGACCCCCUAAAACUCAAGAAAUAAAAUAAAAAAUAAGUGGGAUGGCUUCAAAUAAAG